AUGUUUUUAUGCUGUGAAAUAAAGCGAUUUGUGAGAAUCGGACGCAAAUCUUUUAGUCAUAUUGGGGGCAGCCAACAGGAUUAUUCCUCAGAUCCACAACUCUUGUCCUUUUUGGCUGAGGAAUCCGCCAAACGAGGAUUUGUCCUGGUCCCCAGAACAACUACGCCACCGCCCGACCAAUCGAUACGCGGCACGAAAAAUGAAAAGGGUGCAUUCUCAGAUAGGGACUGCACAGAGAAACGCAUUCUUCGGUUGAAGUAUGCAAGAACUUCAUUUCCAUCGUUAUGCGCGUCGGUUACCAUGUACGCAACUGUCUUCGUGGCGGUCUACAUCACACACAUGCUGCGUUAUUUACGAAAAACAUGCUUUUGUAUACCGCUAUCGCUUUUGCUCGGUGGGUGCUUGGCCAAUGUAUUUCUUGGACUCGGACGUGUCGUGUACCGUGAGAACUGGUUGGAAGACGUGAUCGCUGGGUGGGGCGUUGGCCUACUCAUUGCUGGAUACGUGCUAUAUCGGUCGCUUCAUUCGAAGCAGAAAUCCUCAGUGACGACAGCAGCUGAGAUACGAAGGCAGCUGAAUCAGAUUCAAAGUCUAUUACAAUCCAAUCAUGAGUACAGACAUAACGAGGUGAAAUAUAUGAAGUACUUGUGAAUUCUUGACGUUUCCACAGAAAAUCACCAGUCCGAAAAGUGGACAACAGACGCAAGUCAACACUGAUAUGGCAGAAGGGACGUCAUUCCUACGACGCUUCGCACCCGUUCCUCAGCUGCAUUGUGUGUUUUACUGGUGGUGACAACACGCUUCUUACCAUCACAUUAAGCUGUACAGAAUGUACAGAUACGGCAAAUAUUUGACUAGCACUUUUCGUUCGUUUACUGCUUCC